AUGGCCCAGUCAAAGUGUGAUCGUGGUGAUCCUGCCUUGCGCGCGUUUCGUGCGCAGGAAAUCCGACAACCGCUUCAUAAUUGCAUACCUGCAGAUCUUCUGCCCCGAUUUGACUCCGUAUACGUCGAGUACUACUACAAGUACAACGCUGGACGUCUGCAUACCCACGAAGUGCCGAUAGAGGACUAUCGUAAGGACCCGGCAAAGUACACGAUCUUCUACGGUAGUGAACCAGGGCCUGACGUCUUUCGCCUCACGGAACAGCAGUGUCCUGUUGAGGGGGGAAGGAUCACCAUUCGUAUUUUCGAGCCAGCACUAAAGCACGACGAUCAGGGUCAACCUCUAAAGAGAGCAGCCUAUGUCAAUUUCCACGGCGGCGGAUGGGUGUUUGGUGGUCUCAACACGGACCAUGAUUACUGCAAAAGACUUGUCCACGCCCUUGACGGGGAGAUGGUUGUUUUCGAUGUCGAUUACCGACUGUCGCCCGAGCAUCGUUUUCCUAUUCCCGUCGAUGACUGCUGGACGGCUUUCAACUGGAUCCGCUCCCAGAAAGCAGAAGAUUUCAAUCUCGAUCCAGAACGGUUCGCCGUAGGUGGACCAUCGGCUGGAGGUCAUCUCGCUGCCGUGGUCAGUCAUCUCUGUCGUAACGCGCAGAUACCUCUACGCCUCCAGAUCUUGAGCGUGCCAGUGUGUGACCUACAUAGUGUCUUUACACCAGAUGGCGAAUUCGACCGCGAGAAUUGUCCCUACGACUCCUACCGAGAGAUGGAGUUUACACCGGCACUUCCAACAGCUCGCAUGGCAUACUUCCAUAAACACUUUCUAGGAGUGCCCCGACCCGCGGCAUCCGCAGAGGACUGGAGAAUCUCGCCAAUGCUCGCUCCCAAUUUCCAUGACUUGGCCCCGGCGCUGGUCUCAACGGCAGAGCUGGAUCCUCUCCGCGAUGAGGGAGAAGUAUAUGCGGCCAAACUUGAGGAGGCAGGAAAUAGAGUAGAACUGUAUCGAUAUGCGGGCACACCGCAUACUUUCCCAUCCUGGAAGGAAUCCUGGAUAGUGGGCGACUGCACAGGGAGAGAGUGGUGGCAACGAUGA